CAAGUCCAUGGUCUCGUGCUCCUCCAUGGGGCACACUGAGAACCAUUCCCCAACCCCCAGCUUCCUUCCAGCCCCUAUCCUUCAUCUCUGGCUGUGCCUCUUUUCCAGCAAACUAUGGUCCUCCAGCAGCCCCUUAACCCAAUGCCUUUGUCCUGGACCACCAGUGUCCUCAUCCGAAUCUUCCCCCUCCCCCUCCCAGCUAGGCCUGCACACUGGGUCCUCCUCUCCCUCCUUUCCUAACAUCUCCAUCUAACCCCACAGUCCCCUGUAUAGAUCAGCACUCUGCUCUCUAACCUCUCACCCUUCCCCCCAUCACCACGUGCACCUUGCAGACCUACACGUGCUGCUUUUCUGCCACCCCACCCCAUCCAUCACCAUCACCUCUUACCUCCCCAGGCCUGCACGUGAUGCCCCCUCUAAUAACCUCCCAUUCUUCCUGCUUAUCAUGUGAUUUCCCAGGCCUGCACGUGCUGCUCCCCUAUAAUCCUAUCAGAUGCCUCCUGCAUUCUCCCAGGUCUGCACGUGCUGCUCCCUUUUAACCUCACACCCUGUCCCAUCACUUCUCACACCUUCCAGGCCUGCACCUCUCAAGUCUCCUGCCCUUCCCCCUACCGCCUCGUGCAUCCUCUCAGGCCUGCACGUGCUGCUCUCCUCGAAGCCUCCCGCCCUUCCCCACCUAUCACCUCUUCAGCCGCUUUCUUCUAGCUCCACCCCCUUUUCCCCACCCCUCCCCCAUCUCUCUCAGGCGGUUAUUCUAUUCUCAGUCAGCCACGAGCCAGAGGCGCUGUGACCAUGGAGGAACCUGGGAUGUCUCAUGAAUCAGCAGAGGAUUUGUUUCAUUUUAAUGUAGGGGGUUGGCACUUUUCAGUUCCUAGAAGCAAGCUUGCUCAGUUCCCAGACUCCCUCCUGUGGAAAGAGGCAUCUGCCUUGACACCUUCGGAAAGCCAACGGCUAUUCAUUGACAGAGAUGGAUUCACAUUUCGACACGUACAUUAUUACCUGCAUACUUCCAAACUCUCUUUUUCCAGUUGUGCAGAAUUAAAUUUGCUGUAUGAGCAAGCAUUGGGUCUUCAACUGACACCUUUAUUACAGACUCUUGAUAAUUUGAAAGAAGGGAAACACCAUUUACGAGUGAGGCCUGCAGAUAUCCCUGUCGCUGAGAGAGCAUCUCUGAACUAUUGGAGGACUUGGAAGUGCAUAAGCAAACCUUCAGAAUUUCCCAUGAAGAGUCCAGCUUUCACUGGGCUGCAUGAUAAAGCUCCCUUGGGCCUUAUGGACACCCCGCUCCUGGAUACUGAAGAGGAAGUACAUUACUGCUUCCUGCCACUGGACUUGAUCGCAAAAUAUCCUACAUUGGUCACUGAAGACAAUUUGCUGUGGCUGGCUGAAAAUGUGGCUCUGAUAGAGUGCGAGUGUAGCGAGUUCCGUUUCAUAGUGAAUUUUCUACGCUCACAGAAGAUUUUGUUACCAGAUAAUUUUGCCAACAUUGAUAUUUUGGAAGCAGAAGUGGACAUUUUGGAAAUUCCAGAGCUCACAGAAGCAGUGAGGGUACACAGGAUGAACAUGGGUAACUGUUCCCGAACCACUUGUCACCUUCCAAGUCCUGGAAAGGGGGGGAGAGCAGCCAACCUGGAAUCUGUGAAGCCUCUAUAUAUGAUGGCCCUUGGCUUGCUGGUCAAAUACCCUGAUUCAGCACUGGGACAGCUCCACAUUGAAAGCACUUUAGAUGGAAGCAAACUGUAUAUUACAGGAAAUGGUGUCCUCUUUCAGCAUGUCAGGAAUUGGCUGGGAACAUGCAGACUUCCCCUAACAGAGACAAUUUCAGAAGUAUAUGAGCUCUGUGCCUUCUUGGACAAGAGGGACAUCACUUAUGAACCUAUGAAAGUUGCUUUGAAAAUACAUCUUGAACCCAAAACUCCAACUCACAACAAGUUGCUUGAUGAUGCUUGGACAGCAGAGAUCACAGUCUAUUCACCUCAUCAGAUUGUGAAAGUUUAUGUAGGAAGCCACUGGUAUGCAACCUCCCUACAGACCCUUCUGAAGUAUCCAGAACUGCUGUCUAACCCCCAAAGAGUAUAUUGGAUUACAUAUGGACAGACUCUGUUAAUCCAUGGAGAUGGACAAAUGUUCAGACACAUUCUCAACUUCCUUAGACUUGGCAAACUCUUUUUACCAACUGAAUUUAAAGAAUGGCCUCUCUUCUGUCAGGAGGUUGAGGAGUACAGAAUUCCCUCUCUAUCAGAAGCCCUUUCUCAGUGUGAGGCUUACAGAUCAUGGACCCAAGAGAAAGAGUCUGAGAGUGAAGCAGCUUUUCCCAUCCGGAGACUGCAUGUGGUGACUGAAGGUCCACCUGUGGAGCUUAGCAGAGGCCCUAAGGAAACUGCCCCCUGCAUGCCUGUGGAAUUUAGAGACUGCUGUGGGACACCCUGGAGCAAAGUGAAGGGAGUGCCAGCCAGGCCAAGCCUACCAGAGGAGAACGAACAGUAUACUAGAACAAUCCACUUAUCCCUGUGUAGAGGUGUCAAGAGAACCAGUAACCCUGGGGUGUAUCCUCAGUGCCCAGGGCUGUUUGCCAAUCCUAGGCACUGGAGCCAUCCUGAGAGCCCUCCAAAGAAGAAGUGCUCCACAGUCAAUAUCAUCCCCAAACCAGAAACUACAGAUCCUCCUGUCACUCCCAUGCAGAAACUGAUUUCCCUGGUUCGAGAGUGGGACAUGGUCAACUGUAAGCAGUGGGAAUUCCCACCAGUGGCAACCUCCAGAAGCACAAACCUAGAAGAAUCCACAGCACGGCCACUCUCUGGGAAUGAGGCAGCUUGCCAGCUCAGUCCAGCCAUUGGUCCUUGGAAAACUCGACCAGCUGCUGCAGAGAAGACUCCAAGUCCCCAGGCAGUGACCAUAGCCAAGGAAAAGGGCCCAGAGCAAAUAUUCAGGCCAUAUCUGCCCAUGAAAAGAACCGUUGCCUUGAAAGACUGGGGAAGGCAGGGAGCAAAAGAAAAAGAGACCUCUGUUCCUGAGCAGCCUGCACUUGAAACUGAUGAGCUGGAUGAUGUGGGGAUCAUUCUCAAAGUGACCCAUCCCCCAGUCGUUGGGAGUGAUGGCUCCUGCACAUUCUUUGAGGACAGUGUGGUAUAUACCACCCAGCUUGAUGACAUCAGACUGGCCCCACCUAAGACCAACACUCUAUCCAGAGAGGUGACUUUCCUGAGUUUCUCUCUGUCCCGGGAGGAGAUGUUUUAUGCCCGAAAAUGCCACUGUUUCCUGACCGACAUCAUAUUGGAUUCUAUUAGACAGAAGGACCCCAAAGCAGUGACGGCCAAGGUGGUAUCCCUGGCCAAUAGGCUGUGGACCCUUCACAUCACUCCCAAACAGUUUGUGGCAGAUUUGCUGACCAUCACAGGCUUUAAGGACGACAGGCACACCCAGGAACGGUUGCACAGCUGGGUAGAGCUCACGCUGCCAUUUGCCCAGAAAUAUAGCCGCUGUGUGGACCUGCUCAUCAAGAAGGGUUUGUCCAGGUCUGUCUCCUACUCAGUCCUGGGGAAGUACCUGCAAGAGUGUUAGAGGAAGAGCCAUCCACAGCUGGAGCUCAUGUUAACUGUAUGUGCCUAGGCUUUGGUGCAGGAGUAUGAGCAUCUGUGUAAUGGGUGUAUUACUGGUGUUAUAUGUGUAUGAACCAAACAAAGCCUGUCCUUUUAUAAACAAAUUUCUAAACCAGAACAAAUUGUAAGCUUUCCUCUCCAAGAAUGCAAAAGGCUAAAUUAUUUCCAAUAAACUUUUAUUAGAAACAGUUCAAAAAA